AUGAUCGACGUCCCCGCCCACGCCCUCCCCCCUUUCGCCGCCCCCCUGAACGAGUACAACGUCCACGCCCUCCAGUUCGCUCUCCACCUCCAGCAAGACAAGCCUCGCGCCCCCGGCCCGCUCGCCCAAGACCCGCUCCUGUCCCCCCACGCUCUCGACAUCGACUACGCCCAGCGCCGCAUGUCCAGCUCUGCCACCUCGGACAGCAGCCUCCACUCUCCUCCCCUCUCUCGCGCCACCUUCACUGACCGCCACGAACUCCGGCGCGCGUCCCUUCCCACUCUACACUAUCCCGACUCGGCCGCCCGCGACCGCCUCCCCUACCCCCUCCAUCGCCCCUCCCUCUCCUCCGGCUCCGCCUUUCCAUUCGAUUCCCCCGGCUCCGAUAGGCCUUACCGCCUCGACACCACUAUCGGUCCCUUCCCCGGUCCCGCCAGCGACCUCUCCUCUCUCCCCAGCACCGCCAUCACCUCCGCCGCAAGUUCCUCCUCCUUCGGCCUCUCUCCCCUCACUCCCGGCUUCUCCGCCCCCAAUCGUUCUCCUUCGAACCUUUCGGAUCCUGGCUCUUGGAACGCGGCUUCCAUCGCUCGUCCCAACUCCACCCCCAGUGCGACCAAGUACGACGACUCUCGCCCAGAGUCCAUGUUUGCCGGAGUUCAGCGCAUAGCAGGACACGACCGCACCCCCUCUGCCCGCAUCGCCUCCCAACCAGGCCUGCCUGCCGUCAAGUCAGAGCACGACUGGACCUUCCCCACCUCCUCCCCCGACUUCGCCAUGAGCCCUUCCACCUCCAGCACCGGCCCGUCCAACCCCUCCAUCUCCGUCACCAACUCUCCCGACCGCUCCCCCCACUCCGCACCGGGCAUCGCUACUGGUCCUAGUCUCGUCGAUCGCGGCCCGCCCCAGCCCCAGGCCCAGCGCAAGCGCGGCAAGCUCCCCAAGCCUGUCACGGACUUCCUCAAGGACUGGUUGCACAGGCACUCGGACCACCCCUACCCGUCCGAGGAGGAGAAGAAGCAGCUCUGUCACGCGACUGGUCUCAGCAUGAGCCAGGUCUCCAACUGGAUGAUCAAUGCUAGACGCCGCAUCCUCGCGCCGGCCCGUCACAGCGCGGCGGGUCCCACCACGACGACCCCUUUCGCUACGCGUCCCGCGGGCGUCGGGAUGGGCAUGGGCAUGCCCGGUAUGGGCGGCCUUGGCGGUCCUCUCGAUCCCUCGCGCCGCAUGUCGGUGGACUCUCUUCAGCUCUACUACCCGAUGUCUCUCCAGUCGCUCGGCGAGCCUCACCACCUCUCCCCCACCGGCACGCGACAUAUGGUCAGCAUGACGCGAUCCCUCUCGUCCAGCAACGCGACCGCGGGCAACCUCGGCGGACUUGGCCACCACGGGCACGGCCACAGCCCGUACGCGCUCUCCGACUCGUAUCCGCAGACGCGCAUGUCGUAUGGCGGCAGUGGAGGCGGGACGCUUCAUCCUUCCGCCCAUUCCCAGCACCAUGGCUCGUCAGGCUACUUCAACAACAACGGUCACUACCUGGGCACGCAGGGUUCCAUGUACUCCUCGGGCGCGGGGUACGCGCAGAGCGGCGGUCACCACGCACCUCAAGGCGGCAGCCCCGGUGCGCGGGUCGUCACCCCGGGCACGGAUGACUCGGCAAGCUACCGUUUCCCUGAGCACUCGGCCUCGCCAGGGCCGCACACGGGAUCUGGGUACGCCACGCCGCAAUGA